UAUUAGCAGUAGUAGCCGCAUGUUAGCAGUGUGAAGAAAGCGAGCUGUCAAGGAAAAUGGGCGGUUCGUAUCGCGAGUAUGACCUCGUUCUCCUCCAUAGUUAGCCGAAUGAAAAGAGACGCACGCGUCUGAUCACGGUGAGAUGUUUAUUUACUCCCUCUGAAUCAGCAAAGUACAAGAAAAUAGAAGCCGAUGUGUGUUGAUUUGACAUUUAACAAGCCUUCGGGAUCAUGACACGGUCUUGAAUCUACAUUAGUACAUUGCCAUUGGUUCAAUGUAACCUCACGCGGUAGCUUUCCUGAUGAACCGCAGCACGACGAGUUGAACAGUCGCUUCGUGGAAGGAGGACCACGCGGACGUCUUCCCAUUGCCUUCCACGGUGGUUUAAGAUGGGUGCCUAUGAGGAAGACACUCCCACUGCUUGACUAUUUCAGUCCUAGGUUCCCCGGACCACCAUUCACCAGCCAGCCCAACCACUAGCACGCAUUUUAUCCAUCACCUUCAGUGUCUAAUUAAACACUGUCCUGAUCCACCCGGGCUGCGCCACCUACAGCUACCCCCCCUGUCCCCCCCCCCAACCCCACCUCCAUUCCGAGCCUCUCACCUACUGACAUCAUGGGGGACGUAGUACAGAUGCACUUCACCACACCGGACUAUGUGAUCUUCGCCCUGCUGCUGGUGGCGUCCACGUGCAUCGGCCUGUUCUACGCCCUGUCCGGCGGGCGCCAGCGCACCACACAGGAGUUCCUAUUGGCUGACCGUUCUAUGAGCUGCCUGCCCGUGUCGCUGUCACUGCUCGCCACCUUCCAGUCGGCCGUGGCCAUCCUGGGAGCGCCCUCGGAGAUCUACACCUAUGGAACGCAGUACUGGUUCCUGGGAGUCUCCUACUUCCUCGGUCUGCUUAUCCCCGCCCACGUCUUCAUACCUGUCUUCUACAGGCUCCGCCUCACCAGCGCUUAUGAGUAUUUGGAGCUGCGCUUCAAUAAGACGGUGCGCAUUAUGGGGACCGUGACCUUUAUCUUUCAGAUGGUGAUCUAUAUGGGGGUGGUCCUCUAUGCCCCAGCACUCGCACUCAAUGCAGUGACUGGAUUUGACCUCUGGGGGGCAGUGCUGGCCAUGGGACUGGUGUGCACCCUGUACACAACACUGGGAGGGCUGAAGGCAGUCAUCUGGACAGAUGUGUUCCAGACCAUUGUGAUGUUUGCUGGCCAGCUGGCGGUCAUUAUAGUGGGGGCCCACCAGGCAGGGGGCAUGGGAGAAGUUUGGCGGAAGGCCAUGAAUGGCAGCCGCAUCGCUAGCCUGGACCUGAACCCUGACCCGACGGAGAGGCACACGUUCUGGACGCUGGGGGUGGGCGGGGUGUUCCUCAUGCUGGCGCUGUACGGGGUCAACCAGGCCCAGGUUCAGAGGUACCUCAGCUCCCGCACUGAGAGGGAGGCCGUCAUGUCGUGCUACGUGGUGUUUCCCUGCCAGCAGGUGGUGUUGUGUCUAGGUUGUCUGAUGGGCCUGGUGAUGUUUGCUCGCUAUGGUGAGGAAAGCCCGCUUGAUAAGGGCUACGUCAAAACCAACGAUCAGAUGGUGUUGUACUUUGUGAUGGAUGUGUUCAGGGACCUGCCAGGCCUCCCAGGGCUGUUUGUAGCCUGCCUGUUCAGCGGAGCUCUCAGUACCAUCUCAUCAGCGUUUAACUCCCUAGCGACGGUAACCAUGGAGGACCUGAUCAAGCCUUAUUGCCCGGCCAUGACGGAGGCCAAAGCCACGCUGCUCUCAAAGAGCCUGGCGUUGGCCUACGGUCUGGUAUGUCUGGCCAUGGCCUACAUCGCCUCUCUCAUGGGCUCAGUGCUGCAGGCAGCAUUCAGUAUCUUUGGGAUGGUGGGUGGUCCUCUCCUCGGCCUCUUCUGUCUGGGAAUGUUCUUCCCCUGGGCUAACUCCACCGGUGCGAUAGUAGGGUUGGUGGCAGGCCUGGCUAUGGCGUUCUGGAUUGGCAUUGGUAAUUUUGUGUCUCGUAUGGCCGUGCCCACCCCUCUGCUCCCCAUCAUCAACGCCACCACUAUGCCUCUCCACGGCAACAUGACUACUGCUGUCAUGACAACCCUGAUUACUUCAAUCACCGCUAAACCAAAGCCUACAGGUGUGCAGGCCCUGUACAAUCUGUCCUAUUUGUGGUACAGUGCUCAUAACUCUACCACUGUGGUGAUAGUGGGACUGAUAGUCAGCCUGUUGACCGGUCCUAUGAAGGAGAAAGACCUGACCCCAGGGACUGUGUACCCUGUCCUGGGGAACCUGCUCUUCUUCCUGCCUGAACGCUACAGGGAGAAGCUCUGCUGUGUCACUCCACUGUCACACAAGCCCAAAGCUAUCAACACGCAGCCGUACCAGAUGGCUCAGGAGAGCAACGGCGUUGCCCAACACAAAGAGGAGGAGAAAACGGAGGAGGAGGACGAGGAGAGGGCCACCCCUCAGCCUUCCUGCCGACUGGCUCACACAGUGCAGGAGACGGCCUUGUAACAGACCCCCCCCCACUUCCCCCCCCCCCUCCCCUCAGCUCUCUCAACCCUUGGGGAGAGGACCCGCCUGGGGCAGGAGAGGCAGCGGAGAUCCAGUGUGCCUGGACAUGACUUCCAUCAAGAACCACAGGGUCAAUGUGGAGAAAAAGGGAGAUUCACCCCUAACCCUUACUCCCUGGAAAAACUGAUACACCACAAAUAUAUGGUGGUUUUUAAGAGUGCCAGAGUCCUCUGCUAUAAUGAAGAAUAGUGCACUUACACACGAUUUGUGGAUGGGGGGGGGGUCCAGUUGUAUCUUGAAUUCAUUGGUACGUCAUUAACGAUGGUACUGGUCACAGUUUCCCUAAACUGAAGUAACUGGAAAUCACUACUUAUGAGCCUGGAGUUUUGAGAAGAGCCAAAAUGUCUGAAUUGAGGUGGAUUCCUGGAUGGAGAAAUACUAGCGCAACACAAGCGGCAAUCAUGCUCCGUGCUGAGAAGUCUCAUUGUUGUCCAGUUAGUAGAUCUAAGAGCCUGGACUGAACCAAAGGGCUGUGAUUGUCAUUUUGUUAAAUUUAUGAUUGAAAGAUUGUGGACAUACACACGCACCAAGUUGUUCAAAUGACUGUGAAAAUGGACGCAAGUCUUUUGUUUCUCAGAGGGUCAGGUAGAGGGUCAGGUAGCCUAGUGAUUAAGAGCAUUAGGUCAGUAACCGAAAGGUCCCUGGUUUUUAUCCCCGAGCCGACUAGGUGAAAAAUCGUUCUGUGUGUCCUUGAGCAAGGCACUUAACCCUAAUUUCUCUUGUAAGUCUCUUUGGAUAAGAGUGUCCGCUGAAUGACUAAAAUGUCAAGUAAGCAGGCGGAGAAGAGGCACUUUAGAUUUAACUGUCAUUGCAUAUUAUUUUUAUAGAAAAGAUGAAGCCGGUACGUCAGAUGAACUAUAAGAAUUUUAAAAACAGAGUGGCUGCAGUCCGAGUUCUCUUGAACGCUCUUCCCAACAGCUUAAGGUUUGAAGCUGCGCAUGUGCGUGAUUCUCUACUUUACGCAGUCUGUAUGACUCCUUCGGCUGCCCACGGUGCCCAGAGAACAGGCUGCUCUGGUGAAAUGGUGCUUGUUUAAUGAAGUUAGAUCAAAGCUGAAUCAAUGUCUGCAAGACCACAUAAUGAUAGUAUUCUACAUAACAGAACCGAAUAUAAUGGCAUAGUGUAACGUUAUGCUGCUGUAAGACAAAAAACGUCACCUCAUUUUAGGACGAUUGUGCGAAGGGUUGCAUUUUUUCUCUCACGUGGCCGAAGCUCAACAACAUGCGCCAGUAGGCAAAGUAUGCGCUUGAUUGAAACCAAACACAAGCAUGCUACAGCUUGUUAGCACCAUCUACUAAAUAAUUAGCUCACUACAUCGUUCAAAACAACACUGUAGCCUACAUAACGCAAGGAGAUCUAAAUGCAUAACCCAAUUAAACUGAGAUCAAAUGGUUAGCAUGCAGAUGCUGCAUUUACGUAAUACCAAUAAAACUUCAACAAUUACCAUUAAUGAUUGACUGAGAAAUGUGAAGGGAGGUUGACCACAUUGUGUGCCUAAGGUAGAUUGUGAUCUUACAGACAUUGAUUCCACUUUGAUCCAACUUUAUUAAACCAGCACUGUUCACCAGUGUAGCCUGUUCUCUGGGCAGCUGAACGAGUAGAGCAUAGACUGCGUGAAGUACAGAAUCCCGCACAUGCGCAAAAUCUUCAAACCUUUAGCUAACGGAAAGAGGGUCCCAGAGAACUUGGCCUUUAAAAAAUAAAAACGCCCAAAUCCUUUAUGUCCCUGUAGACGGUUCCCAAAGCUCCUUUUGUCUGUUUGCUUUACAUGGCCUUAUUUGGCUUGCUAUAGUAAAUUAAUAAAGAGGUAGAUGACCUUAAACAGUCUUAACCUGCCAUACAGUUAUAUACUGUAGAUGGAGCUCAACACAUCACCUCAUUUGCCAUUAACUGGGAUCACAUUUUCAGGUCAUUGAGUCUGCACUACUACUUCAUCGAGACCCAGAUAACCUGCUGGUUAGCUAGUGACAUUAAUGCAUGUAGAAUACCUUAUCCUCGCAGUCCAUUCACACUGUAGAUCCCAUAGUUACUUAAGGUGCCUCAUUAGUAGGCAGUGUGUGAAUGUAGUUUAAUUUUGAUUACUGAUCAGUGUGUAAUUAGGAUUGUGAUACAGUAUACUUAUACUGCAUAGUACAUGUAUAAUGAUUCUCCAUAUGUGUCUUCGAUGUUUGUUAGCUUUACCUGUGUCUCGUCCACCCCACUGCUCUAACAGAGGAUAUUUACAGUGAAGGGAGCAUCUCUAGUUUAAACUGGGAAACUGCAGCCAUUUUGAUGGCUCAACAGAGUUCAGUACUCAGAAAUCUUAGGGUAGACUAAUAUAUGUGAUGUUCUUUGGUUGUAUCUUUGAAGGACUUGGUUUCCUUUUGGCACUUCACUGUUUAUUGAUGUUCAAUGUACCAGGGGAAAAAUUCCAAUCAUCUUAAAACGAAAGAAGUCCAAUGUUUUGUAGCGUGUUUUUUGUAAGUGGCCACUUUAUCUAAUGACGUAAAUGUUUCUCCAUAACAGUAUCGGCGGUUGAUUUAACAUUGUUAUUAUGAAGACAUUUAUUUUGGUCAUUCGGUGAAUAUGAAACGUGCAGGGCAGAUGUUGAAUUUUAAUUGUCAUUUGUCAAAUGUUUCAUAUUCAUGUUUCAAGGUCCUUUUUGCAAUCUGAAGAAUUCUCAUGUCAUUCUCUGUUCAAAAUCUUCAUUUUGUACUCCACCCAUCCACUAGAAUACCUAACCACACUACAGAAUUCAAGUCAGGGUAAUGUGGUAGUACUCUGUUGAGAUGAUCUGGUUUGUGGUGAGCUUGUGAUUCCAUAUGGCCUGUUUGUCCCUCAAACAGGGAGUCUACGUGUGUGUGUGUGUGUGUGUGUGUGUCUCUCUGUGGUUGUUUCUGUAGUUGGAGACUCGAGUGACAUGCCUGUCCAUCUGUCUUACUGUGGGUUGGGAUAACUUGUGAUUGACUACAUAGUGACUCAAUCAGCCCAUACCAAUCUGCUUUACUUGUUUCCAAAGAGUUUUUACUUAAAAAUUCUGUAGAGCCAUUUUCUACCUGCCUUUUUACCCCGUCUACCUUUAUGGGGAAUAAAGAAACUCUGGCUAUGGAUGGGCUAGAUAGAUAGAUAGAUAGAUAGAUAGAUAUAUUUGUAUUUAUUUAUUGUGGGGCCAAUGUUGUGACACUACUGACUGAAUGCCACGCUAUUAGGAUUCUGACACCAUUGUUAUCAAUGACAUACAGGCAAAUGUUGCAUUGGAUCCUAUGGCUACAGUCCGAUACGAGCAAGGAAUGUUGUUCAUUCAUCCCCACUGAAAAAUACCUCUUCUCAUUCAAAGCAUAUAGAAAAUGAUGUCAUCGCUUUGUUUUGAUAGUUUUAUUACCAAAAAGAGAGAAUAUAUCUAUAUUUCCAUUGACUUCAUUACCAUUUGUAGCAAAUGGAACUAUGUUGUGGAACUUUUGAGUGGCGGCAGGUAGCCUGGCAGGUUGGAGUGUUGGGCCAGUAACCCGAAAGGUUGCUGGAUCGAAUCUCCGAGCUGACAAGGUAAAAAUCUGUCGCUCUGCCCCUGAGUAAGGCAGUUAACCCACUGUUCCCCGGGCGUCGAUGACGUGGGUGUCGAUUUAAGGCAGCCGCCCGCACCUCUGACUUAGAGGGGUUGGGUUAAAUGCGGAAGACACAUUUCAGUUGAAUACAUUCAGUUUGUACAACUGACGAGGUAUCCCCCUUUCUAUGUGCAAGUACCAUUUAAAAUGUUUUGUGAAUGGAGGGCAGAAGUGGUCAAGUAGUUAUUGUUAUACUAUUUCUGUGUUUGCACAACAAAGCAACUUCAAACUAGCGUUUUCUGUAUGUUAGUACGUUAUGAAGUUGUUAGGGCUAUCCCUUCUUGUUGUAACAUUCACAAACAUUUCUAUCGUUCUUAGAGGUUUUUUAGUCCUUUUUUUAAUUGACAUCCUGUGACUGAUAAAGUUGAUUUGAUAGUCUAUGUGAUAAGAUAUAACUGAAUUGAUUCCUUUUUCGUCAUACCUGAAAUUACUUGAAUUGUUUAUCUGUAACGCUAAACUUUAAGUGAAGACCACCCCUUUCCAGGACAUGUUUUGGAUGAAUUUACAGUCCGCAGUGCUGAGUUAUUGUUAUUCUAGAUGUCAAUUUACCCAAUGUGAGUUUAGGACUGUGUUUUAGUAAUGCUGACAUCUACUCAGAGCACAAUCGAGACCUAUUCUGUAAUCUUAUUCUGAAGUUGGCAGGGCCAACUAUCUAGGAAAGAUGAGUUGUAGAGUGACACGUGAAUAUGAAGGGCAAAAUGGUUCUAUUGAGUUUGCUUGCACCAGCUGAAUCAUAGAUUGUCUUAGUCCAAUUUACAGCCUGAACCGUAAAGUAGAAGAUCUGUAAACCAUUGCCUCCUAAAAAUGAUCAAUCCUGAAUAGCUUCUAUCCAUACCAUUAAAUACCAAUUUACUAUGAGAUGUGUUUUAGUUUAGAGUACAUUUAAAAUGCACUUGGCCGUGAGAGAGAAGCGUGGCACUUGGUAAUUUCAAAAGAUAAUAAAUAUUCUGACUCAAUAUUUAUUAUCAAUAUUUGUUCUCCCAUUUUGUAUGAAUUCUUCCUAGUAUGCAUUCCAAAAAACCAUAAGCAGUGGCGUUUGGUCAACUACACUGCUUUGGCUGUGCCUUCAUAUGAUCUCUGUAUCGUGAUUAUUUUUUCAUAUUGUUGGAUGUUAUGGAAGUUGAUUAGCUCGUACUAGGAGCACACUACAAAGGGGCAGCUGUGAUAGGGUGGAGUUGAACUCUCAUUUACCAAGCAGAAUGAGAUCUGUGUCCUGUUCAUUAUGUCAGUGGGAGCCAAGGUUUUGAAAAAUAACUGAAUUGAGCUUCCCUUUUGGAAAAGCUCAAGUGGUACCUUUUCAGUUUGCCAACAUUUUCUCUGUUUUGGACAUUACUGAACACUCCCUAGGUCUGUGAGCGAAGUCUUCAGUAGUGUAUCUGUGUCUGACCACCCUGGUGGGCAUGAUCUCUCAAGGUUAAAUGUUUGUAAGUGAAUGAAUUGUGGUAACAUAAUUGUUGUUGCUCUGUUUUUUUUAAUAAAAUGUUGGAUUGGA